AUGUCUAAGCCUUACACUUAUGCUUCACCAUCACCUUAUUACUAUAAAUCACCAUAUUCAUAUCAUUACAAGUCUCCUCCACCACCUUCUCCGCCUCCGACUCGUUACUAUUACAAGUCGCCGCCACCACUGCGCAAGUCGUCUCCACCUCCUUAUUACUAUAAAUCAACUUCACCGCCGAAAGCAUCCCCUCCAGCACAGUAUAUUUAUAAGUCACCACGUCCACCAUCUUCAUCUCCUCCUCCUCCUUAUGUUUAUAAUUCCCCACCACCACCUUCGCCAUCACCUCUUCAUCCUUAUGUUUAUAAGUCCCCACCACCACCUUCGCCAUCACCUCUUCAUCCUUAUGUUUAUAAGUCCCCUCCACCACCAUCACCUUCACCUCCUCCUCCGUACAUUUGUAAGUCACCAUCUCCUCAAUCACCAUCACCUCCUCCACCUUACGUGAACAAGUCUCCUCCUCCACCAUCUCCAUCACCUCCUCCUCAUGUUUAUAAGUUGCCACCACCACCUUCACCAUCCCCUCCUCCUCCAUAUGUGUACAAGUCUCCUCCACCUCCAUCUUCAUCACCUCAUCCCCCUUACAUUUAUAAAUCUCCACCACCACCAUCUCCACCUCCACCUCCUCCAUACAUUUACAAGUCACCACCUCUACCUUCACCUUCGCCACCUCCUCCAUACGUCUAUAAGUCACCACCACCUCCAUCACCAUCACCUCAUCCUCCAUAUGUUUACAAAUCUCCUCCCUUACCAUCUCCAUCACCUCCACCUCCAUAUGUUUACAAAUUCCCACCUCCUUCAUCUCUCUCUCCCCCUCCUCCAUACAUUUACAAGUCACCCCCACCCCCAUCUCCAUCACCACCUCCUCCAUAUGUCUAUAAGUCACAACCUCCACCUUCUCCAUCACCUCCUCCUCUUUAUGUUUAUAAAUCUCCACCACCACCUUCGCCUUCACCUCCUCCUCCAUACGUUUAUCAGUCACUGCCACCACCAUCUCCAUCUCCACCUCCUCCCUACAUUCAUAAGUCACCACCUCCACCUUCACCUUCACCACCUCCUCCAUAUGUAUACAAGUCACCACCUCCUCCAUCACCAUCUCCUCCUCCUCCAUACAUUUACAAGUCGCCUCCCCCUCCUUAUGUCUACAAAUCCCCACCUCCUCUAUCUCCAUCCCCUCCACCUCCUUACUACUAGAAGUCUCCUCCUCACUACUAGAAGUCUCCUCCUCCACCAUCUCCCUCACCUCCUCCUCCCUACCAUUACAAAUCACCACCACCACCUUCUCCUUCACCUCCACCACCUUAUUACUACAACUCCCCACCACCACCCAAAGUUUACUAA